AUGAGAUAUACCAAGGAAACCGAUGAGCAAAUCAUCCGCCGAUGGACUCGUACAUACAUCCAGUUGUCUGAUGAGAAAGACACUCUCUGGCCUAUUUUGACUCCAAUUUUAGAACAAAUCGACGAAAUCGAGGAGUUGGAGCAGGUGGGCGAAUACAGAAAGCCCAGAGUGACCCCACUUAGUCACCUGAAGCCCGGGCUCAUGCAGAGGAGAAAUGAGUUGCAACUGCGCAUACGGCAUAUUGACGAGUUUCGGGCAAUCUUCCGGAGACCAGAGAUGUUUCAGGAGCUGUCUGAGGCCGUGAUGCAUCGAUUGCUUCGCCGUGUGAACUUAAACGAUAGCGACCUACCGCUCGACAUGCCAGGUAUUCGGUCUUUCUUGAAUAGCGUGAUUGCUCCCGUUCCGGUGGUGCCAGAUGACGAGCCCUGGUUUCCGGAGGAAGCACCAGUGGCUCCCCCUGUGGAGCAAGAAUCCCUUCCAUCUCCUACUGCCCAGACUUUGAGGCAACCUUCUCCCGUCCACUCGGGUUGGGGGUAUUCUCCUCCCUGGCCAGAGUGGGAAGCUUCUCCUAUUGCAGAGUCAGUUUCACAUUCUUCUCCCGUCCACCCCGAUUGGGGGUAUUCCCCUCCCUGGUCAGAAUGCCAAGGUUCUCCCGUUGCAGAUUCGGUUUCACAUACUUCUCCGGUCCACUCAGGCUUGGGGGAUACCGCUACCCAGUCAGUGGUGGCCGCUUCCUCGGGACAUAGCCAUGUGCAAGACGAUCUUGAUUGGGAGGUGUCUUGGCCCUCCCAGGAGCCGACUACCGAAUGUGCCAGUUGCUGUGAGGCGUUCUCUGAGCAACAUGUGAUGACAAGCAAAUGUUCACACUCCUAUUGUCAGAAUUGUGCCACUCACAUGCUCGAGCAUGGUUUGAGAGAGGAGGUCUUAUUCCCACCCCGUUGCUGUGGUCAAGAAUUGCCACUCAAGCAGAACAUGACCAUGUUCAGUGAUGAGAUUUGGGUUGGCUACUUGGAUAAGGCUAUUGAGCACAAUGACAAAGAUAGGACCUACUGCCACGAUCCCAAGUGCAGCAAGUACAUUCCCCCAAUCAAUGUUCAGGCGCAAAAUUGUUUGUGCUCGGCAUGCAAUAAACAAACCUGCAAAAUUUGCAAGAAAGCCGCUCAUUCUGGUUGGUGCUGUGACAAAGGGGACGAUACAUUGUUCGAACUUGCAAAAAAGUUGGGCUGGCAGCGUUGCUCUUCCUGUCGCUAUUUCGUCGAGCGCAAAUGGGGCUGUGACCAUAUCACCUGUCUAUGCGGCUACCAAUACUGUUACAAGUGUGGGGCCGAGUGGAAGACUUGCAACUGUGUGCAUAUCCCCGAGCCCGCCGAGGACCCGGUCCUGCAAGAAAUGGGCGAACAAUUGGGUGGGAAUUUGGGGUUUGCUUUGGCUAUGGCCGAAAGACGUUUGGCAUUGCAAACCUGGGAUGUUCCCGAGGAACAACUACCCUUGCGUCAGCUCAAUGCUACCGCUGUGCUGCGACGUCUGUGCCACCAUGACCGAGUUUGGACUCAGCCUGCAGGGCAUGUCGCUUGCCCUGGAUGUCCUCGUGUCGUCGUUAUUGAUCUUUACGAGUGCAAUCUCUGCGGGCUGCGAGCCUGCGGGCCUUGCCGACGAUACCGUCACACGGAGGCCCAAGACAACUGGCCCGAGUUGCCGUAA